UUGCAUGCACGGCUAAGAGCUUUUGGAUCAUAUGUUUAUGUUUGGAUAAAUUCCAGUGUUGUGGAAUGCGGCUAGCUAUAAAAUAUGCCGUUAAUUAACACAUGUCAUCAACAAUGGGCAAUCGGGUCAACUGAUUUCAAUACACAAACAGAUCAAUACAUUCUUUGGGUCUUUGUUUUAUAAUCUAGCGUCUGAGAUCAAAGAAAUCCGAAGAAUAGAUUGUCUGGUAUUUAAAUACAAGAGGAUGUGAUGCCUUCAUAUGGCUGCCCUGUAAAGAUGGCACAGUGUCUCUUGAAGAAAAGGAAUUUUUUCUGUAGGGAAUGGACAUUCAGUAAAAUCAACCAUUGCCUAGAAAACAGACCGACAUCUAAAACAUGUGGGGCUUUAAUAGUGGGUGGUCCUGGAUGUGGCAAGUCAGCAGUGUGUGCAGAAUUGACAUGGCCUACAGUGUCACAAGGAAAACAAUGUCUUCUAAAUCAACGACUCAUUGCCUGGCAUUUCUGUCAGGCUCAUGACAUUGAGAGCUUAUCCAUAACAAGUUUCAUCCUUAACCUGGUAAACCAGUUAUCAGAAAGUAAACAAAUCAAUGGAUACUUGGACAUUAUAAAUGAUCCUGAAGUACAGAGGCUUCUCAAUCCAGUGGAAAUUGAGAAAAAUCCUGACUUAGUCUUCCAGCAAGCUGUCUUGGAACCUUUACAGAUGCUUGAAAAACCGGAAAGAACUGUAUUUAUGAUUGUUGAUUCCAUUGAUGAAUGUUAUCUACAAAGUUUGGGAGAAAAAAAUGGAGAAAGCCGUACAAUUGCUGAGCUUCUGGCAAAUCAUCAUCAUAACUUCCCACCAUGGCUUCUUCUUGUGUGUUCUGCUAGAAAACAAAGUAAAACAGUAACGAGAAUGUUUACUGGUUUCCGAAAAAUUAGUCUCGAUGACCUUCGAAAAUCUCAUGUUGUUCGUGAUGUUCAGCAAUACAUUCUGUGUAGACUUGAUAAGGAGGAGAGACUGAGACAACAUCUUAGUCGUGAUACUGCAGAAAUGUUGAAUCAGUUACAUAUAAAGAGCAAUGGAUGUUUUCUUUAUUUAGAAAGAGUUCUUGAUGGUGUAUCUGAGAAUUUCAUAAUGUUACGGGAGAUCCGUGAAAUUCCAGGAACCUUGAAUGGAUUAUACCUUUGGUUAUGUCAACGGAUAUUUGGUCGUAAGCAAUUCACCAAAAUUCAGCCUAUUAUCAACGUUAUUCUGGCAUCCAAUAAGCCAGUGAACUCGAAGGAUUUGUUUGACUGUGUUCACACAAAAAACACUGAUUUAACAGAAGAGGAUUUUUCAAAGCAAAUUAAAAGUAUGAAGAAAAUUUUGAUUGAGGGACAGAAUGGAAGUAAGAUUUUAUUCCACCACAGUUUUGCUGAGUGGCUACUUGAUGUAAAACAUUGCACACAGAAAUACUUGUGUACCGCCUCCGAAGGUCAUGCUAUGUUAGCAAUAAGGGCUACCAUGAGUGCUGACAAAUUAAAACCACUGGAAGUUCAGGAAAUGGCCUUACACAUGUUGCGUGGAAAUUUUUAUGAUGGAUUACAGUAUAAUAAUUUAGUGCAAUGGUUAAUGAUUUCCGGUGCAGAUAUAGAGACAAGCUUAUCAGUAGGGAUUCCAAAGGAACAAAAAGUUACAAAACUUCUGUUGGAUGCAGGUGCUAAACUUCCUUCAGACCCAGAUGAAGCAGAAACUGCUAGCAUGCAUGCAAGCAUGAUUGAAGAAGUUGAAAGCGAGAAGCAGCCUGCGUUGGAUGUAUCUGUGAAUCAGGUGGAUAGUAAUGGAAGAACAGUCCUUCACAAUGCUGCUUAUGAAGGAAGUAUUCAGCUGCUGACAACUGCUAUAGCAAAUGGUGCUGACUUAGAAGCCAUUGACAAAAAGGGACAAACAGCUUUAAUCUUGGCAUCAAGACAAGGUCAUGCAGAAAUAGUUGCCAUAUUAUUAGCAUCCAAAGUUUGUGUUGAUCGUACCGAUGAUGAUGGAUGGACAGCUUUACGAUCAGCUGCCUGGGGUGGACAUAAUGCUGUUGUCUUAUUGUUAUUAGGAGCAGGAGCUGGUGUUGACCAUGCUGAUACAGACAAAAGAACAGCACUAAGAGCAGCAGCUUGGGGUGGCCAUGAAGAAAUAGUGAUACAACUGCUUGAACAUCAGGCUGAGGUCAAUAAAGCUGACAAUGAUGGUCGAACAGCUCUUAUUGCUGCUGCAUACAUGGGGCAUGCAGAAAUAGUUCAAGAUUUGUUAAAAAACAAUGCUGAUGUCAAUCAAGAAGAUCGUGAUGGUAGAACUGCUCUUUCAGUAGCAGCACUCUGCAUCAGAACUAGUGAAGGUCACGAAAAGGUUGUUGGAUUACUUUUAGAGAACGGAGCUGAAGUGAAUCACCAAGAUCAUGAUGGUAUGACCCCAUUGCUUGUUGCUGCAUGUGAAGGUCAUCAGGAAGUUUGUGAACUUUUGUUAGAAUGGGAUGCAGACAUUGACCAUGCUGAUAAUAAUGGCCGUACACCACUGCUAGCCGCUGCUUCAAUGGGACAUUCAAAAAUAGUAAAUCAGCUGUUGAUUUGGGGAUGUGCUGUGGAUACGAUUGAUUCAGAGGGAAGGAUUGUUCUUAGUAUUGCUGCAGCACAAGGCAAUGUCAAUGUUGUCCAACAGUUACUUGAACGUGGAUUAGAUGAAAUGCACAGAGACAAUGCUGGAUGGUCCCCCUUGCACAUGGCUGCUUAUGAAGGACACUUGGAGGUUUGUAACUGUCUGAUUGAACAUUGCGCCAAAGUAAAUGAAGUUGAUAAUGAUGGACGCCAUCCACUCAUCCUUGCUGCACAGGAAGGUCAUCUUGAGGUUGUCACUUCCCUUGUUGAAAAUGGUUCAACAAUAGAUCACAGGUCACAUGACCAGAAAACAGCAUUCCGAGUGGCUGCUUUGGAAUCUCACAGGAAAGUAGUUGAGUAUCUGUAUGAACAGGGAGCAAACAUUGACUACAAAGAUGCCGAUGGACGAUCAACAGUGUAUAUGUUAUCAUUAGAAAACAAAGUAGAAAUAUUGAAAUAUUUAUUGGAAAUAGGAGCUGAUGUAGAGUCAACUGAUCUUGAAGGACGGACUGCCCUUCACAUUUCUGCAUGGCAGGGACAUUUCGAAAUUGUUUCACUUCUUCUGAAAUUUGGUGCAAAAGUAAAUGCUGUUGAUAAUGACAAUCGUACUUCAUUGCAGUCAGCAGCUUGGCAAGGUCAUGAGAAGGUUGUUAAGCUUCUUCUUGAAAAUGGAGCAAAUGUAGAUCAUACAUGUAAUCAAGGUGCUACUGCAUUAUGUAUUGCUGCACAAGAAGGACAUGAACACUGUGUACGUGUAUUGCUUCAGUAUCAUGCUAAUCCAAACCAUGCUGAUCAGUUUGGUAGGACACCAAUCAAAGUUGCCAUGAAAUCAGGUCAUUCCGGUAUUUGUAAAUUACUGGAAGAAAAUGGUGCAACACCCAUGACAAAGAGUAGAAGCAAUUCUUCAACCUCUAGUAAUGAGACCAGGCCAUCGUCUGCUGCUGGAUCUGCACAUACACAUGCUACAGUUACCACUGGUGUUAUUGUCAAUGGGAACCAGUUGAACAGUUCGCCAUCAGAAUCUCCAGACUCAACUUUUGAUAGAAGGAAAUCCUUUGCGUCUAAUAACUCGUCAAAAUCUUCAAGUAAUAUGACAUCAUCUACAAGCCAAAGUAAUCAAAGUGCUCCUAAUAGUAAUGAUUGUCUGACAUUCACACAACAACUACAGCAGUGCUCCAUGGCUAGGCACCGUGCUCGGCCUGUCAGUAGAAUUUUGUCUCCAGUUAGCGAGCCUCAGUCACCAGUUCAAUCUCCAAAUAUUACUCCUAGUAUUGAGGUUAUGGUUCAUAAUGAACAUAACAAACUCUCACCGAUUACAGAAAGGAAUUUGAAUAUUUUUGCAAAAUCUCCAGUUAAGUUUUCUAACUGCAAGGAUAAAGAAAUUUCUGCCACAAUCAAUAUAAUAACGAAUCCUAAUGCCGAUUUCUCUGAUGAACCUGUUUGGCAGAUUAAUCCCCAACACUUCAGGAGUAUGAAAAAUGACUUGGAAAAGUUAAAACUUCAACAAAAAACCAACAUGGAGCAGUCAAAUAUUAUAAUGGGACAAAGUGCUUUAGAAAUGCGUUCCCCAGAAAUGAGACGUAAGAGGAAUGGGAUUGUAACAAAUCCUAAAAUAACUAAAAGUGGAGCAAUAAAUGGACAUUUUAACAAGAUUUCUAACCUUACUGGGGAGGAGAAGAUUAUGAAUGGUCAUGGACCAAUGAGUAUAAGUGUUGGUCCUGGGCCAAAUUAUUCUGGACCUCCCAGACCUAAUGGGCUUCCUUUAAAGAAAGAGACUCCACUAUAUUAGGAUACACAUCAUUCAGACGGAAGACAAGUGAGGGGAAAGAUUGAAGUAUUUAGUGCAAUGACUUGUGACUUUUCACAUUACAUAACUUUGUAAACUGUUUAUAUACUGUGAUAUAUGUGUUGUGUAUUUAUAGUAAUGAUUUAUUUUCUGGCACAAACAAGUGAAUUCUGAUUGAUCAGUUGCUUACAAAUGUCUGAUUAAGCCUGCAUAAUAUAAAAUAUCAAGACAAAAUAUUAUCAUAAUGUAGAUCUAAAUUGUCAUAUAUUAAGAAAGGGUAGCAUAAAUUUUUCUCUGAAGCCUCCAGGAUAAAAAUACAUAUAACAACAUCUGUAAUUGAAAAAAGCUAUUUUUGUUAUAUUUUCGAAGUUUGUUUACAUUUAGGAAGUUAUAAAAUUCUAACAAUCAAUUGACAAUAGCCAAACAUUAUUGUACUAAAGCUGGGACUAUUAUACUAUAAUAGUCCACCAAGAUUAAAGUAAAAUUUUCAAAACAGAUGAUUCAAAAUACUGAUUUCUUCAGAUUACACAACUAUUCUAUUAAUUUUUAUACACACCAUACAACACACACUGUGUAUUAUUGUCAGCAUUCAAAAACAUUGUAUUAACAUUUAUGUUGUGUGUGCAUUAUGAUAUUUCAGAUUUAUAUAUACUAGGAUGUUAUAAAAGAUAUUACUGUGUUAAUGUGAAGGUUGAACAAUUCAAGUGCAAUUUUGUAAAUAGCAUUUUGGUGCUGCAAGCAUAACAUAACUAUGCAUAAACUCGUAACUAGGCUGAAUUUGUUGUAAAUUUUGUCUGUAUCAGGUUUGACUUCAUUAGUAGAAGGGAGCUAACUCUUAAAGAUUUAACACUGAUUUUAUACUGAAGUUUUAUUUCAGUUAUGUAUAAAUUGUAAAUAUUUUUUUCUGGUAGAACAAAAGGUUUGAAAAAACUUAUCUUUCACAAACUCAUAUUAAGUGUCACUGAAAUUCGAACAAGGAUCCUGAACACUUUUAUCAAAAGCUCAAUUCAGUCAUUUUAUUCUCGAAGUUCAUAUCUUUUUUCUCCUAGACAAUAUCAUAGCAAUUUUUCUGGUUAGAUUUGCUAUUUUUCAAUAUUGUGUACUGAUGAAAAUAUAAAGAAUGCACAAGUACAAUUAUUUAUUUAAGGAUUGAAAGUGUGGUAGUAACGGAAGAUCAGUGGAAAAUAUAUUUCGGCUAUCUGUGCAAGUGAAAAAGAGAAAAAAAUUCUCGAGUCUUUUGAUAUAUUCUGACCACUGAAAUUUUUGUUCAGCUUUCAGAAAAUAUUUGAGUUAGUUCUAAGCAUAUUUGCAUCUGUUAUUAUAAAUGUUGUGAAUUUCAAUGUGAUUGUUAUUUUUUAGUGCUGUUAUGUUAUAUUGUUGGUGAAUUCCAUUGAAAAUCCAAAGCUAGUCAUUUCAUUUUAUUGCAUAUUUGUUCCAACAUUUUUUUAAUUUAUUUUCAUAUUUUCGAAUAUUAUCAGUAAAAAAUUCAUGUUAAA